GCUGCUUUCGUUUUACUAUUAGUUCUAACAAUUAUCUUUAAUUGUUUUCGUGCAUAUCAAACAAAACAGUUUGGUAUGCCAUGGGCACCAACUCACAUAAAAGAAACCUAUAGUAAAACGCAAAAUAUGGAAUAUAUUCUUAUAUAAUUCGUGGUAUCGAACAAUAGUAUCUGACCACCGGUAACGAUACUGAUUUGUCAAUGAUUGGGAAUUAUUAUUUCACUUAACCAAUUACUACUUUUCUAAUUUUUCUCUUCACGUUUAAACAUUACGUUUAAAUAUUAAUAUAAAUUAGUGCCUUCCAGCACUUAAUUUAAAUAUCACGUUAAUGUAAAUUAGUGCUUAGUCUUCUAGUGCUUCGUUUAAAUAUCAUGUUAAUAUAACUUAGUGUCUUCCAGCACUUCGUAAGUAACGGUUGAUUAUGUCAAGACUAGAAAUAAUUUAAGUUGGGUAUCAAAAUUAAAAAUUUCCAAGAGAUACAUAUGUAUAUUUUAUUUUUUCUAAAGACAUAUGAGAAAAAUUGUGAAAGAUGGGAUUGCUAUCACUGUUGAAGCAAUCUAAUGUGAUUUACAUAAUAUUUGGUGUAACUUUUCUUACAUCAGGGCUGAUUAUCAAUUUCUUCCAAUGUUUUUUGUACUUUGGUCUAAGACCUUUUUCCAAAUAUCUUUAUCGCAAGAUUAAUUACUACCUUUGUUAUUCUUUAUAUAGUCAAUUGCAAAGCAUAUGUGAAAAAAUCACUGCAGUAUGUUCCGACAUUUGGUUGGGCAUGGAGAUUUGCUGAAUUUAUAUUUAUGGAAAGAAAUUGGGAGAAGGAUAAAGAAAUAAUUACUUCUUUAAUUAAUGAACUUGUAAAUUAUCCAGAUAGCAUAACGUUACUUCUGUGUGCUGAAGGGACACGAGUUACAGCACAAAAACUAGAAGCCAGUCAAAAAUUUGCCCAAAAAGCGGGUCUUCCAGUAUUAAAUUAUCAUUUAACACCACGAACAAAGGGUUUUGUAGCAAGUUUACCGCACAUGCGAGGGAAAAUUACUGAUAUUUAUGACAUGCAACUACAGUUUAAAUCAGAUGAUCCUAUAAAACCAACAUUAACAAACUUACUACAGGGAAAACAGGUCACAGCAUACCUGAGUAUUUCCAGGAUACCAUUAGAUGAAGUGCCAGAAGACGAGAAAGGUGCUGAAGAAUGGUUACAUAAACUUUAUGAGAAAAAAGAUCGUAUGGCAAAAAGUUUUGAGGAAACAGGUGAUUUCUUUGCAAUUAGUGGGGUACCCAAAUUAGAAAGGUCUAUAAUAAAAAGACGAUAUUAUUCACUUGUUAAUAUAAUUUGCUGGGCAGUGGUGGUGAUAACACCAAUACUUUAUUAUUUGAUCAAUCUUCUCUUGUCUGGAUCGAUAAUUUAUUUCUUAAUAGGAGCAAGCAUUUAUCUGCUUAUGCAAAGAAUGAUUGGAAUGUCUAAAAUAAGUAAAAGUUCAUCAUAUGGAACUAAUGAUAAGAAACUUCAGUAAAACGACGAAGUUAUAAAGGGAAUACAAGUAAAAAGUUAAACUAUCUUCUUCGCGUAAUGUAUUUCGCUGUAUGUGUACAAAUCUCUAUGAAGUAUUCAGAGAAGAUUACGGUAAUAUAUGAGCUCUAUUAUCGUACUUUUAUUUGUGUUAAAUGAUUACAAUGAAUAUCAACGUUACAGGUAUACAAUACGGUAACGUCAGGUAUCUUGGAAAAAUAUCUUUUUUGUUCAAAAAUAUUUGAGUAUUUGAAAAGAUUAAAAGAUAUUUUUUUAGUAUUGUAGGAAUUUAAUCUUCUUAUUAAAAGUUUAAUAGAAAAUGUUAAAUUUGAUCAAUUUAAGAUACCUUAUAAAAAUAAUUAUUCUAAAAAAUCUUUAAGAACAUUUCAUAAAAGAUUAAAUUUUUAAAAUACUACUUUAAAACUAUUUAUUUAGUUUAUUUCAGUACUUUAAUAUAUAAUUGUUCAACUGUGCACAAAAUAUUAAUUCAAGAUUAUAUACAAAUAAAAAUAUAUAAAUAUUAAUUGUUAAUUAAUAUUUAUAAGAAGAAAGAGAAUUUUUUGAAAGUACACAUUUUACAUUAAGAAUUUUAUUUAAACGGUUUUGAAAAGAAAUAUAUAUUGAUUAAGUAGACAGUGGAUAUUUAUGCAGAUGUAUACAUGUUAAGAUCCGUUAAAUAUGUAAAAAACAUAUAAAUAUGUAUAAAAUGUAUACAUAAGAUAUGCAAUACAUAAAUAUGCAUAAUAUACAAAGAUAUGCAACUCAUUUACGUGCAACUCAAUUCACGUGGAGAACAUCUAAACAAUUUCCUUGGUUUGUUUCUGUUAACAAAAUAAGUUUUUGUUUGUACAUUCUGCUUCCGUAUUUAUUUUUUAUAAAAAUAUACAUUUGCCUAAAUAUCUGAAGUUUAGUUAUUAGUAUGGUGUUACAGUUAAAAUCCAAAUUGUAGUACGAUCUUAUAUUUAAUGCUAGUUCUAAAAUGUCUUUUUUCAAUACUAGUUUUGAUUAAUUAUUUCGUACGUUAUUAAUCAAAAUUGAUAUUGAAACAAGCGUUAAUGUUAAUAUAAGCGAUUUAAAGUUUUGAAAAUAUUAUUUAAGAUAAAAUAGUACAUAUUUAGUUUUGCCUAAAAUCAAAUUUUAAUGAUGUUUCGUUAAUAUUGAUUUAAAUCAAAAUGAACGUUAACGUUCAAAAUGAACGUUAAAAUAAAAUUUUGUAAGUAAUUCCUAUAUUGUUAAGAGAAACAUUGAUAUAAUGAAGGAUAUUUGAGAAAACUAGUUUUGAUUAAAUAAGAAAAAUAGUUUCGGCGG